AUGGAAAAGAUAUUAGAAAAAAUACCAGUUAACAAAGAAAAUCAAAAGUUUUUUAUUAGUAUGUUUAAUAUGUUUCUUAAUUGCUAUCGAUUUAAUGCAUUUACAACUGAUACUAAAAAAGAAUUAUUAAGUUCAUUAUUAUCAUCUACUUCUAUUAAACAAUUUAAACAUUUUCAUGAGUAUCAUAUUCUUAUUAAUCAACUUUCAACAAAUAAUGAAGGAAUAGUCUUUGAUAAAAUUGAAAAUGUAUUGAAUUAUCGUAAAACAAUAUAUUUUAUGUUUGAAAAUGAAUUAGACUUAGUUACACCUGGUUCUGUUAUUAAUAUGUGUAUUUUCUUAGAAACAGAUCCACUAGCAAAUGAACAAAUACCUUUAUUAAUACAUUGUAUUUCAUAUUUCAUUCAAAAAGAUUUAUCACUUUCAUUAUUUUGUGCUAAACAAUUACGUUCACUCAUUUGUGAAAGAAUUAAAUUAAAUGAUGAAAGUGUUUCUUGUUUAAUUCAACUUAUAAAUCCUUCUAUUGAUAAACAAGUUAUCUUCAUUAUUAUUGAUAUUUUGGUAAUAUUGGCAACGUACAAACAAACCAAAAAGUUCAUUAAACAACAAAUUCAAAGAAUUAAAACAAUGGUUUUGUCUUUUUCAAUAUCUAUUCAAAGUGAAAUCAUAGGUAAAUUAUUUACAUUAUUAUGUGAUCAAUGUGUUGUAUCAAAUAAAACACUUCAACCUAAUGACCAUAUUGGAAUAUCUAAAAAUUCAUUAAUUGUUACAUUUGCAUCAGUUUAUCCAUUAAUUCUUUCAUUAACUAUUCAAAAUACAACUACUUAUUUAAGAAGUGCAUUAAUAGAUUUUGUUAGUUUUAAUUCAUAUAAUUGUAGUAAAUUCUGUAAGUAUUGUUUUGAUGAUCUUAUGAAGUUAAUUUCAAAAACACCAAAAGGAGAGACUAAAGAAUUUCUUGUGUGUUUGGCAAGUAUUGCAGUAACACCAUCUUGUUCAAUUCAACAAAUGAAAAAUUUAAUGAGAGAUACUGUUUCUGAACAAUCAUUUUCAUCAGAUAGCUUUUCUAUUUUAAAGAAUGUAUUACAAGAAACAUCUCGAUUAGAUUUUAAAUCCUUUUUCUUUAAAAAGAAUUCAUUUAUUACAAGUCAAUGUCCUAUUUCAUUCAAUUACAAAUCAUCGUCAAUAGUUCUUUGGUUUUGUCCACAAAGUAUUAUAAAUGAAGCACAAACCUUAGCAAUGUUUCAAUCACCAGAACAUCAUUUAAUGAUUAUUUCAAUUACAAAUCAAAAUUAUCUUCAAUUAAGAUUAGAAAAUAAUAAAAUUGAUUAUAUUACAAUAGAUAUUAAAUUAAAUGAAAUGGAAUGGUAUUGUGCAGUUUUUGUCUUCCAACAAAAAAAUAAUGAAAUGAUAUGUGAAGCAAAUCUCAUUCAAACAACAAAUGUUCAAGUUAAAACUAUAUCAGUACCAAUUCAACCUCAUGACCAAUCUAUUCUCUUUUGUGAAGAAUGUUUUGGAUGUUCUAAAGUGAAGAAUCAAUAUUCUAAUUAUUUUGUUGGAUAUAUUUCUUCAUGUGUAAUUUUCCCAUUAUCACUAACUCAAAUGGAUAUUAGUCAAAUCGACUUAAAUAUUAAUACUUAUCUUUCUCAACCAGAACUUUUUAUGUCAAAUUUAAAGAAAUUAUUUGUUUUAUCUACAAACCCAAUUGAAACACAACAAAAUAUUAUUGGAGAUAUUACACCAACAUUUAAAUAUGAACAUUGUAAAAUCAUUACAAGUACUUCAAACAUCAAUUCAUUCCAACAAAGUGGUUCAUUUAAAUUUAUUUUUAGUCUCUUUGAACUUCUUUCUAUUCAUCCAGAACAAUUAACCUCUAUAAAUUCAAUUUCAAAUAUCAAUUCUAAUUCAAAUUCACAACCACAAAGUCAAAGUCAAAUUCCUUUAUUAUUAACAUCAAGUGAUAAAGUAGAAAAUUCAAAUGUUAUUAAUAAACAAAGUAAUACUAGUUGCAAACCAUGGACUACCUUGUCUAAUCCAAACGAUGAGCAACAAAAGAAAUUAAUAGGAAAUAAUUUAACAAUAAAUGUUUCUACACAAAAGAAAAGUGUUAUUGGUAAUAAUAGAACACUUAUAAAGAAAAAACAACAUCAGUCAUUUAAAAAACCACAAGAAACAAUUGUAUUAGAUGCAAUAUUAUCUAUUUUAUUAAAUUGUGUUAAAACACCAAAAAUGCAAAAUGAAUUUAUUUUAUUAAAUAUUGCAAAUUAUCUUCAUUAUAUUUUAAUUGCUUUACCUUCAGAAUGUAUAACUAAAAAGUGUUUUGAUGAAAUACUUCAAUUAGCUGAGAUUUUUAAAGGAAGUUCAAUACGUUCAUCAUUUGAAUCAAUAUUUCUUGAUUAUAGAAUUUGGAGUGGAUGUGAAAAAGAAAUACAAAUACUUAUUAUUGAAGAAAUUAAAAGUUUAAAAGAACCAAUUAAUUUAUUGAAGUUUAUUGUUAUGAUUGAAUUAUUUAUGCAACCAUAUCAAAUUACAAAAUCAAUUCAAUUUAUUUCAUUAAAUCAAAAAUUACCACUAAAUGAAAUUGAAGAAGUUUAUAUUACUACAAUAACUGGAUUCUUUCAAAUUGCAUCAAGAAAAAUAACAAUAGAAAAUAUUACAGCAAUCAAUCAUUAUUUAUAUAUGAUUCAUGAUGAUGAUGUAAUUAGAAAUACAUUAGAUUUAUUAUUUAUUCAUUUUCAAACAUUUCAAAAAGAGUAUACUCCUUAUGCAGAAAUUAUUGUAAAUAAUUGUAUUAAUAUUCAAUCAAUUAUUCCAUUUAAACAACAAUAUAAAAUAUUAUUGAUGAUGUUAUUAUUCUUAGAAACUGUUAUUCAAACUAAUCCAAUGUUUGAUUGUAAUACAAUAACAUUAUUAAUAUUAAGUUGUAUUUUUGUAUCAAAACAUUAUGACUCAAAUUUGUAUUAUCUUCUUAUUGCACAAUCAGUAAAAAUACAAUUAUUAUUAGAUGUACCAAAAAUUAAUUUAUUUGCAAUGAGAUAUGCUGAAGAUAGUAUUAAAGAACAAAUUUGUGAAACACUUUAUAAUAAUACAUUAUAUGAUAAUUUUCCACAAAGUGCAUUUAAUUUAAUUGAGUCACCGAUUGUUAUAAUGAAUACAAUUCAAAUAACAAAAGAUAUUAAACAAAGAGAUAAAUUAUUUAAUUUAUUAAAAGUAUAUAUAAUUAAAAAAAUGACUUAUUUAAAUAAAAAAGCACCAGAAAAAAUUGAAGAAUUUAUAAAUAUUAUGAUUACUUCUGCUUUUUAUUAUACAGAAGAAAUGAUUAUGGAAAAUGAUGAAGAAGCAUUCAAAUUAUUACUUUUUGUAUUUGAACAACUUGAUAUUCAAAUUAGACCAAAAAUAUCAAAAUUAAAACAAAAAUCAAAUAAAGAUAAACAACAUAUUAUUAAUUGUUGUCAAUUAUUCUUACUUAAUGUUUAUCAUAUGACAUAUAAAUUUAAAAAUUAUUUAACUCAAUGUAAUUUCAUUCUUUCUUCUAAUUUAAUGAAUGAAAGUAAAAGUUGUUUCUCACUUCUUCUUGUUUUUGUUAAAGAUAUAAUACAAAUUCCAAAUUGUUUUAAUUUUAUUAAUGAAAACAAUACAUUUAUUGAACUUAACUUCCUUGAAUUAUUAUUAACAACAAUAUUACUUGAAAUUAAUUUAAUUAAUGAACAAGAUGAUAUUACUAAUUUAAUUCUAGUUAUUCUAUCUUAUGCAGAAGAUGAAAAAUAUUCUCAAUUCAUCUCUUUAGAAUUCUUUACUUCUUUAAUGUUACUUAAACAAAAUCAAAAAUUAUUUAAUUCAAUUCUAAGAAUUCCAUCAAAAUUAAAUAAAAAUUAUAAAAACAAAUUAAUGAUUAUUGCAAAAGAACUUACAGAAAUAUUAAAUAUUACCUCGAAUGAUUCAUUAUUUAUUAUGUCUCUUCUUAGUGGAACACUUUCAUCUAUUGAACAACUUCAACACCUUCAAACAACACAAUUUAUUAAAAGAAUAAAAGAUUUAAUACUAAGAGAUGGAACUGGAAUUAAUUCAUAUCAAACACAACAAGAAAUGAGUAUGUCAUCAAUAACUGAUUGUAUUAAAAAAUUCUCUAAAAAUGUAUUACAAUUAAAUGACACUAUUGUUAAAGACUUUGAAAAACAAUUAAAUCAAAUUCAACCAAUUGUUGAAGAAAACAAACAAAUAACAAAAAGUAUUAUUGAAGAAUUAAAUGAAAAUUUAUUUGAAUUAACAAAACAAUGGAAGAAAUUUACAGAAGGAAAAAAUGAAUUUAAAAAUGAAAUGAUUAAAAAUUAUUGGAAAUUAACUAACGAAGUAUCAAAUGAAGGAUUUAAAAUGUUUUGGAAAAUUAAUAAUCAUUUUGAUGACCAUAAAACAGCUAAAAUAUAUUCAGCUGAAAGAAGUCAACUUGAAGAUGAAAAUAAUGAAGAAAUCAAUAACAUAGGAGGUUUUAUUGAAAAUUGUAUUGAAUGUGAAUGGAUUACAUUAAAAGCAUUUAAAGUAAUAAAAAAGUUUCAAGGAAGAAUUACAAUUAGAGGAAAACUUGAAAUUAAAGAAAAAGAAUUAAUAUUUAUUAAUGAUCCAUUUGCACCAAAUAGUGAAUUUAAAAGAACAAAAGAAAAACGAUAUAUUUUUCAACUUAAUGAAGUUAAAGAAAUAAUAAUAAAACGAUAUUUUACAGAGUUUAAUGCUAUUGAAAUAUUUUUUAAUAAUUCAAGUCAAUACUUCUUAUUUAAUAAUGAAAGUAUUACAAAGAAAGUAUAUAAUAAAUUAUUAAUUCUUUGUAAUUUACCAGAUGAAUCAAUAGAAUUAAAAUUACAAAAAAUAACAGAAAAAUGGAGUAAUGGUAAAUUAAGUAAUUUUGAAUAUUUACUUAAAUUAAAUCAAUAUGCAAGUAGGUCAUAUCAUGAUCUUAGUCAUUAUCCUAUAUUUCCAUGGAUUAUACAAGAUUAUACAAGUAUUUCUCUUGACUUAUCUAAUCCUACAAUUUAUAGACCAUUAGAAUUACCAAUACCUUGUAUUAAUCCAAAAAGACAUUCUGAAGAAAUGAAAAGAUUUGAAGAAUUAUUUGGAAAGAAUGGUGUAAUUAAAGACCAAGUUGCAUAUAUUUAUCCAACAUUUUAUUCAGCAUGUGAUUAUGUAUUUCAUUUCUUAGUUAGAGUUGAACCUUUUACAACAAUGUUUAUUCGAAUGAAUGAAAAUCAUUAUGAUAGACCUGAAAGAAUGUUUUAUUCAAUUGGACAUACUUGGGAUAUUUGUAUGAAUUCAACACAAUGUAAUAUUGAAUUAAUUCCUGAAUUUUUCUAUCUACCAGAUUUCUUAAUUAAUGAAAAUUCAUUUGAAUUUGGAAUAAAUCCAGUAACUCAAACUAUGGUUGACAAUGUUACAUUACCUCCAUGGGCAAAGAAUGCAUAUGAAUUUGUUAAUAUUAAUAGAAGUGCAUUAGAAUCACCAUAUGUUAGUUUAAAUAUUAAUAAAUGGAUAGACUUAAUAUUUGGAUAUAAAAGUUGUGGUGAAGAAGCAAGAAAAGCAGAUAAUUUAUAUCAUCCAUCAUGUUAUAUUGAAAAUUUUAUUAAAGGUGGAGAAGAUGAAGAAUUAUUAAAGAAACGUGCUAUGUUUAGUGGACAAUUACCAGUUCAAUUAUUUACAAAACCACAUCCAACAAGAAAAUUAGCGAUACCAUUAAUGGUUGAUAUAUGUACAAAACGAUGUUAUUGUAAAAGUUUAAUUAUUCCAGAAAGUCCAUGUAUUAGUUCAUGUUUAGAUGAUAAAGGAAUAAUAAUGAUAACAAAAAAUACAAUUUAUAGAACAUUAUAUUCUAUGGAAUAUUGUCAUAAAAAAGGAACAAUUAAAAACAGAAUAUUUGAUCAAAAAUUAUUAUCAAGAAAUAAAAGAUUUGCUAUUUCAAAAUGUUGUGGUGUUAUUCAAAUUAAUAGUGAACUUAAACAAUAUACAUUAAAAUCAAAUGAAGUUACUUCAAUUCUUUUAUUUGAAUAUUUAAAUAAUGAUUAUUUAGCUUUUGGAUGUUCUGACUCAUUAGUUGGAAUUUGUUGUUUGAAUCAACCACAAGAAGUUCCAAUUUAUUUAAAUGUACAUCUUAAUAAAAUUACUUCAUUGUUCUUUGAUAAUAAUUCUCAUAUGUUAUUUAUUGGUGAUGACAGUGGAUUAGUAUCAUGUUAUUCAGCAAACAAAUGGAAAUAUAUUUGGCAUAUUAAAUUAUUAAACGACACUACUGUAUUAUCUAUCAUUACUUAUGAACAAUAUAUUUAUGUUUCAACACCUUCUAUAUUAUAUGCUAUUUCUUUUAAAGGAAAAAUUAUUACAAAAUUAGAUUUUUAUGCUCAAAUCCUUGUUAAUUCAUUUAUUCCAGGUACUAUUGCAGCAUUAACUAACAACAAUGUUCUUUGUUUUAUUUCAACAUCAUUACUUAGUUGUUUACCAAUUGACGUAAAUAUGCCUGAUAUUUCCAAAGAAGAAGUUAUUUCAUUACAUUAUCAUCCCAAUGCAAUCUAUAUUGUAUUAAAAAAUGGAACUUUGUCACGUAUUUCCAUGUCGUUAUUUGAUAACUAG